UUUUACGCACUUUUACCACCGUAGACAGAAUUCAUAUCCACGUACUGUACUCUAAAAAUCUCACUCUCGGCGCCGGAUGGAGUCGCUGCAGUCAGCUGUUCGCCUAAUCUUACCAUGAUAAACAAGUAAUGAAUGGCAAAUAUAUUUAAACAAUGGAGGGGAUUCUGUAUAAAUGGACCAAUUACAUCAGCGGGUGGCAACCUCGCUGGUUUGUGCUUGAUGGAGGAACUUUGUCCUACUAUGACUCUCAAGAGGAUGCUUGGAAAGGCUGCAAGGGGAGUCUUAAAAUAUCUGUUUGUGAAAUUCAAGUGCAUUCCUCUGACUCCAAACGGCUCGACCUGACCAUACCCGGAGAGCAGUACUUCUACCUGAGAGCCAUCAAUGCAGCAGAGAGACAAAAAUGGCUGGUGGCUCUGGGAACAGCUAAAGCUUGCCUGACAGACAACAGAACAAAAAGAGAGAAGGAACUCCAAGAGAACACAGAAGCGCUGAAGACAAAGAUGUCAGAACUCAGAUUGUACUGUGACCUUCUUCUGCAACAAGUCAACAAAAUCAACGACAGCAACGAACGUGGCGACACAGUAGAGACGUCAGACACAGGAGACCUGGUGAAGUCGACAUGCACCACUUUUCUCAAGACCUUGGAGGAGUGCAUGCAGAUCGCCCAUUGUACUUUCACUGCAGAUAUGUCCAAACACAGUCCGCCGGCGUCCCCUCCAGUCGCCGCCAUUAAACCUCAAAAGAUGAAACCUGUCAAUCAGUUAAACCGCCUUGGAGAUAAGUGGAUAGAUAUGUCUGAAACAGAUACCCACAGCUUUGACUCUGGUGCGGCAGGACCGGACCAACCAGACAGACCAGUGAACCAUCCCUCCCCAUCAGACGUCCUGACAGCCAAUGGCUCCAUCCAGGAAGACCAGGCUCCAUCCCAGAGUAUCCCUCAGUCUGAAAGCUGUGACUCCCUGACAGACCACGUAGACGGAGAACAAGAAGGAGAGCCAUUCAUGCACAAAACAGACCAAAGUCCACAUCAGACCACAGAGAAGGAGGAAGCUGUGCUGCCUCAACAGGAAGCAGCAUCAGACGGAGACAGGGGUGAGAUUUUGAAGGAUUCCACAGAGCCCGAAGACGAGGAGCCGGUGGAGACAUUUUUCAGCACAAUGAGUCACAGAUUUAGUGACUUAAAGCUGGAUGACGACAAUGGUAUCCCCACACAAGACUUUUUGGAGUCAUGCUAUGCAAUAGUGCCUGUAUUAGACAAGCUGGGCCCCACGGUCUUUGCUCCGGUAAAAAUGGACUUUGUGGGAAACAUCAAAAAAAUUCAGCAGAAGCAGAUGUCCGACCCCGACAGCUUCCCCACGCUGCAGGCCAUCGUGCUGCAUGAAGUUCACACAGAGGUGGCUCAGGUUCGCAACUCAGCCACCGAGUCUCUACUGUGGCUCAAACGCGGCCUCAAGUUCCUGAAGGAGUUCCUGUCGGACAUCAAUGGCGGACAACAAGACAUCCACGGAGCCCUGAAUCAUGCCUACGGUAAAACUCUCCGCCAGUACCACGGGUGGGUUGUCCGUGGUGUGUUUGCGUUGGCGCUGAGAGCCGCGCCGUCCUACCAGAGCUUCACCGCCGCUUUGGUGUCGACGGCAGGCGAUGAGCUGAAGAGCGGCUUCACCAGCAGCAUGCACAGAGACCUGAACAUCUACCUACUGGCCAUGGAGAGGCAGCUCGCCAUCCUGGACGCCCUUUAUGAGGAAUACAACCUGGAGUCUGAUGAGGUGGUGUGAACUUUGUACACAAUACUUACUGGAAGGAUGGAGGAAGACGUAUGCCAGUGGACGCUCUUGGAUGGAACGCUGCUGCACUGAAGUGGAGUUAACGGAUUUUCCAAAUGCAUCAUAGCCACUUGUGGUUAUUUGACUUGACCAUGUUUUGGCACUUUGAUGCUCCCCUGAAGAAGUAGAAUGUACUACAACUACAACAACAACAAGCACCGUUUUCAUGCCAGUGCGUCCAAUACAAAGCUUUCUUAUAUUCUAUAUAUCUUGCACUACUUAUUGUAUUUUUUACUGAUCAAAUACACGUAACC